AUGCAGGAGUACGUGCUCGCGGGGAUCGACUCGAUGGAGAAGAUGAACGAGUGGUUCGACAGGUUCGACGAGCAGGUCGCGUACCCGAACGAGGGAAACAUCAAGUACGACGUUGGCUCGGACGGCGUGGUGGUGGUGAUUGUGAAGACGCAGGAGGUGCGCAGGCAGACCGACGCCCUACGAGAACACGCGACAAAAGUCCAGCACAGCACAGAAAAACCUGCCUCGCCAGGACCGGCCGCGGUUCUUCCUCCUGGUGCUGCUGUACCUGAUCCAGGGUGUGCCCAUAGGGCUGGCGUUUGGGUCGGUGCCGUUUCUGCUGAAAUCGGCGCAAUUGAGCUACACGCAGGUUGGCUUCUUCUCGCUGGCGUCGUACCCGUACUCGCUGAAACUGCUGUGGUCGCCCAUUGUCGACUCGUGCUACCUGAAAAGACUCGGCCGCAGACGCUCGUGGAUCGUCCCCGUCCAGACGAUCUCCGGACUCACGCUGCUGUUCCUGGGAACAGUGAUCGACUCCCUCAUGCGCAACAUGCAGAAAAACCUCUACACCCUCACAUACACCUUUUUCUUCCUCAUCCUGCUCUGCGCGACGCAGGACAUCGCCGUGGACGGCUGGGCCCUCACGAUUUUGUCCAAGGACGCGCUGAGCUACGCGUCCACGGCGCAGACGAUCGGCCUCAACACGGGCUAUUUCCUCAGUUUCACCGUUUUCCUCGCAUUCAACUCUGCAGACUUUGCUAA